GUUCUGUCUCUUGCGGAAGCAGAAAGAAGGAAUUGCAGCAACUAAGAUUUUUUUUCCCCCGACGCCUCGGAGAAGAGAAGAACUCCUAGCAAUUUCUCCUUUUCCUACCCUCCGAUAGGCUGACAUAUCAGAAUGGAUGUUAGAUGGCGCGAAAAUAAGACAGAAGCAAGCAACAGAGAGAAACGACAUUACGAGAAGUUUCAGACGAAUCAGGAGUCUUUUAUUGAGGAGAUGGCAGAGGAGUUCCGUCUGCCAAUUAACCACCGACCAACUGAAAAUGUAGACCUGGAGAAUGUUGAGCAAGCAUCACUAGACACAAAGAUCUCUUCAUCUAAUAUCGGGUUUCAGCUUCUUCAGAAAAUGGGUUGGAAAGGAAAAGGUCUGGGAAAGGACGAGCAAGGCAUAACAGAGCCCAUAAAAUCUGGUAUGAGGGAUCCGAAACUUGGUCUAGGGAAACAAGAAGAAGAUGAUUAUUUCACUGCAGAAGAGAAUAUCCAGCGGAGGAAACUCGAUAUCGAAGUUGAGGAGACAGAGGAAAUUGCAAGGAAACGGGAGGUCUUAGCAGAACGUGAGCAGAAGAUUCAGAGUGAAGUAAAGGAAAUUCGAAAGGUCUUCUACUGUGAACUCUGCAACAAGCAGUACAAAUCUGUGAUGGAGUUUGAAGGUCACUUGAGCUCAUACGAUCACAACCAUAAGAAGCGUUUCAAAGAAAUGAGAGAGAUGCAUGGUACAAGCAGCCGUGAUGACAGGCAGAAGCGAGAGCAGCAGCGUUUGGAGAGGGAGAUGGCUAAAAUGGCUGAUGCUCGGAAACAGCAGCAGAUGCAGCAGCAGCAGCUAGAAGACUCGGGGAAUGCCCCAGCUUCUGCCCCACCUAAACCGGUAACUGCAGUCACUGAUCAUGAUCAGCGAAAAACGUUGAAGUUUGGAUUUUCUUCUAAAGGCAGCGUCUCUAAGAACCAAUCUGGGAGUGUGACGAAGAGGAAGCCGAAGGUAGCUGUUGCUUCGGCGUUUGGGAAUGACAGUGAUGAAGAUUGACUUCGUUUAUUGCGAGGGAGGGGACACUGUACAAUAUCCUUGUAACUCUUUGUAGUUCUGGUCUCUGCUUUUCUGUUCCUGUUUCAUGACUGAAGCUCUUUAAUAGCAUUGUGUCUGGAAAUUUUUGUGUGAUGAUCUUACAACAUAUUGAAUCGUUUA